AUGAAGUUUGCCUUAGCGACUUCGAGUUUUCUGGGUGGUACCCAAUUGAUUCCGGCCACUCUGUUUCGCAGACGAGCUCGAUCCGUGUCUCUCACCGUCGCCGCGAUUGGCAGUUACAAUCGCAGGAACGAUAAGAUAUACACGAGGCUCGACUCUUGUCUGGUCAUCCCUCCUCCUGCCAGGUUCAAGAAGCCUCGCGCCAUCGUCAAGUUCUUGGGAGGCGCCUUCGUCGGAGCUGUGCCUGAACUCGCAUACAGAGCUAAUUUGAAGGUGAAAUGGGAUUUCAGGAGCUGGGACAAGUUUUUGUCCUUUCAAGUAACUGGCAAAUUGUUUGCCUUUAGCUUCCUACCUGUUUACCUCAAAGAGCUACUGGCAAAGGAAGGGUAUUUGAUAGUAUCUGUGCCGUACAACGUCACAUUUGACCAUGAACAAGCUGCAAAGCAGGUAUACGAGAGAUUCAAUUCCUGCUUGGACGUCAUUGUCUCAUCCGGAAUUCCAAAUGCGAAUUUGACGCCUCAAGAUCUAGCUCACCUUCCUGUUUUCUCAGUUGGUCACAGCAAUGGGGCACUUCUCCAAGUUUUGACAGGAAGUUACUUCGCUGAGAAAAUACCGAAGGUUAACGCCAUCAUCUCAUUCAACAAUAAAUCGGCCACAGAGGCAGUUCCAUAUUUCGAGCAGCUUGGUCCUCUCAUCCAGCAGAUGAUGCCUGUCGUGGAAGCUUCUCCAGUAUAUAAAAUGGCUCGAAAUGCUUCAGGUGAUGUGUUGAAAGGGUUACUUGAUACAGCUGGGACAAUUCUAAACAACGACCAAGAAGCUCUCAAGUCAUUUACUAAAUUGGUGGAUCAAUUUCCCUCACUAUUUGGUGAGGUGGGUCAAGGGGUGUCGGAAUUCAGACCAUCACCACUUGAGAAUCGCAAUUGCUUGAAAUGCUCUUACAGCGUUCCACAGACUCUACUGGUACAAUUCAACUCCGAUGCGAUCGAUGAGACUGAUUUACUGGAAGAAACCCUCAGGCCUCGGAUAGAAUCUUUUGGUGGUACACUUGAAAAGGUUCUGCUGAGUGGAAACCAUCUCACACCUUGCUUACAGGAUCCAAAGUGGCAAACUGGGUCUGUGUACACGCCAAUAGACGCCGUGGCUCAGGCGCUAAAGACGAUUCCUCUGAGGGAAACUCAAGAUCCAACGAUUAUGGUUUGA